AGCAUUUUGGGCAAGGUGAGGUGGGGAAAAAACAUUUAGACUAAAACUUAAUAGUAAUUGAGCUUAAAGCUUAUAGCUUAUUGAGCUUCCCCGCACUAAGCACUCAUUAAAAAACUUUUUUAUAGUACAUGUAGUUUGCAUAAAGGGUUACUCCUGAUGGUUGCACAAAUUAAAUUCCUUGCCUGCACCAGGAUCGACAUUUCACAUUCGGUCUAAUGCUGAAGCUAACCCUAACUCACAACGUUAGCACUCACUUCUGCAAGAGUAAAUGUCUCUUGGAUAUCAGCCACAUCGCAGCAGCUCUGGGACACUGGUAGAUAAUACCUCUCAGUGCGUUAAGUCACCGCACUGAGCCUAUAUGGCCAUUCUGAAGAUACUGUAAUCAAUAGUUCAUCAUGACGUCUGUGAGUGACAGAGCCAAAAUAUUUACCAAUGAUCCUGUUAAACUUCAUUCUAUGGUCCACUGCCGAGUUACAGUGACUAGCACAGACCUCAAGGAGCACACUGGCUGGGUUCAUACUAUAGACCCAGUAUCUGAGAGUUUCUCUCUUUUCAGUGUAGUUCUUGUUGAAUUUGGAGUCGGUGGCAAGCAUGAAGUAAUCAUUGUGUCAGGCUACAAUGUGGAAAACAUUAAAGUUAUUGACAGUAGUCCUCCACCAGGGCUUGCUUCCGAUAUUGACAGCAUCUUCAGAAAGGAGCAGGUUCAAUAUAGCAGCCAAGAGCUGAAAGCAAGGCGAGAGUCUCUGUGUGUGUGGUUGUCAGAUAAUCGUGUCCCUUACACAGUGAAAGAGGACAUGAGUAUACAGGUGUUGACGGCAGCAGUAAUAUCAAAACCAUACAAGCCUGAAUCUGUGCAGUGUACGAAUGAAGUUGUUUUGGGCAAGGUGAUGGAUUUGGUCCGACAUAUGCCUGCCCCAAGCAACACUAUGGGCAAGGAUAACAUGUCUAUGUGAGCUUUGGUGUGCAGUGGGCAUUGUUUAAUAAAAUAUAUAUUCCGAGAGA